AUGCGAGCUCCCUUGCUGUGGCUCGCUCUCGCCGUCCCGGCCUUGGCAUCGCACGACUCGUUCUUCGGCUCGAGCCACGACAUCGUCGCGCGUGCAGUCAAGGCCAAGGUCAUCGCCGUCGACAGCGCCCCGAACCGCACCGUCACGAAGGGCAAGACCGGCGAGUGCACGCAGGCUUACAUCGACAACAAACAGUCCGCCUACUGCAAGCAGAGCUGCCCGCCGAACCAAUGGCCUCUUUACCAGGGCGGAUGCGUCUGCCGCGCGCCGAACACCCUGCGCAGCGGUGUCUGCCAGCCCAAGUGCGAUCCUGGCUUCACCCUCUCGGAGGACAAGACCCUUUGCGUCUGCCGCGACGGCAAGUUCCUCAGCCCGGCCAGCGACAAGUGCUGGUCUCGCUGUGUUACCGGUACUUUCGACGCCAAGAACGGGACCUGCGCUUCCUGCCCGGAACCUUACCUCGCCUGCAGCGAUGCGGCUACACCGACUCGCUGCAUCAACGGCUACUUCUUCGACGGCACGACCUGCGUCAAGGACUGUCCUGCCAACACCUGGCCCGACGACGCGCCGACGAAGAACAUCUGCCGCAAGUGCGCCGACAAGGAUGCGUUGACCUGCUCCGACAGCGGCAAGACGUCCGCCACCGCUUGCAUGACCAAGUACCUCCUCAACGGCGUAUGCGUCGAGGCGACCAAGAUCCCUGACGGCUCGUACGGCGACUCGACGGACCACACCGUCAAGACCUGCGACGCCGGCGUCAAGACGUGCACCUGCUCGGGCAAGGGCUGCGCCACCUCGUGCGGCAAGAACAAGAAGAACGACCAACUCCUUCUCACGCCCAAGGGCGAGUGCGCUCUCCACUGCCCGUCCGGCUACUAUGCCGACAAGAAGGACGGGCUUUGCGUCAAGUGCGACUCGACCGCCUUGACAUGCGACGCUAACGGUGCGAAGACUUGCGCGAAGGACUCGGCGGGCACUCAGCUCUACCUCACCCCGACGAAGAAGUGCAUCUUGCCAUGGGUCGGACCUGCUGGCUACUACCCGGACUCGACGACGAACACCUUCAAGCCCUGCCUCGACGGUGUCACGACGUGUGUCGGUAACGGCGACAACGACGCAUUGACCUGCGGGACUCGCUCGGACGGCACUACGCUCUUCCUCGACCUUCACAACGGUCGCGGCCAGCAGCACCGGCGUCUCUCCCGCCGCGACUCUGCGCCGACCGGAACUUGCGUUGAAGCUGCCUCGUGCCCUAUCACUACAUGGGCUGACCCGAUCACGAACGUCUGCACGCUUUGCGACCCGAACGAAAUCCGGUGCAAAGGCAACGGCGAAGGUAGCGCUCUUCAAUGCGCGAGCGGAUCGUACCUUACCCAGGGCGGUGACUGCGUGUCUGCCGACGCUUGCGUGACGAGCGGUGCUUUCUGGGCUGAUGAUGCCAACAACGUCUGCUCGACUUGCGACGCCGGAGAGGCCGCCUGCACGGGCAAUGGCGCUGGACUCGCGACGGCUUGCGCGACGAACGACCGCGACGAGCAGCUGUACCUCUAUAACGGCGAUUGCUACACCGGAAACGCAUGCCCUGCCGCAUACUACCCCGACGACAACACAAAGUCGUGCCAGGCUUGCGACCCCGGCGCGCUCUCCUGCACCGGCCCUCACGCUGCUACGUCCUGCGGUCUCAACUCGAACGGCGAGCGCCUCUAUCUCAACAUCGACGGCAACUGCGUGACCGCGCCGAACUGCGACAGCUCGACCUGGUCUGACCCUGCGACCCGCCACUGCGAGUGGUGCACGCUCAUCGACCCCGACGCAAAGACCUGCACGUCGCCGACCGUUCUCACCUGCACCAACAAGUUCUUCUACCAGGCGGCCUGCAUCGACCCUUGCCCGACUCGCUUCUGGGCUAAGUCGGACAACCACGUCUGCACGCCCUGCACCGACCCCGACGCCUUGACCUGCGACGCCGACGGCGCGCUCACGUGCGACAAGCUCUACCUUUGGCAGAGGCAGUGCAUCCCGACUUGCCCGGCUGGAACCUACGCCGUCGGUCACGUCUGCUACCCCUGCACCGACAAGUACGGUGACGGCGCCGCGACUUGCGACGCUUCGGCGACCCUCUCGUGCAAGGCAGGCUACGUCUGGCUGAACAACUACUGCAUCUCGGAGGCGGACUGCUACGGUCAGCCGGAUGGGUUCUACCCGAAGAACGGCUACUGCUCGGCCUGCUCGAACGAUUGGGCGUACGCCACGUCGUGCACGCCUGCUGGACCGACGGCGUGCUCAAGCAACCGAUUCAUCGACCGCAACAACAAAUGCGCGCGGGUCUGCCCGAACGGCUACGCCGAGAUCGACCCUCACGGUGACGGUGUCGACUACAUUAUAACUGGCCAGUACAUCGAUGACAGCGGCUUCGUCUCGACCUGCCGGAGCUGCAUCGACCAGUUCGCGGUGGUCUGCGACCAGUACAGCGGUCUCACCACUCAAUGCUACAAGCCGAGACCGAACCACGUCUCUGUCUCGUGCCCUCACCGGGCCUGA